AAUGAAAAUAAAGGGUGGAUUCUCGAGUAUCAAAAAUGUUAUCGCAAGAGAAAUUUUGGAUUCUAGAGGUAAUCCAACAGUGGAAGCUGAUGUAAUUACAUCAAAAGGUGUUUUCAGAUCAGCAGUGCCUUCUGGUGCUUCAACUGGAAUUUAUGAAGCUUUAGAAUUGAGAGAUGGAGAUAAAUCAAGAUACCUUGGAAAAGGAGUAAGUAAGGCUGUUGCUAAUGUAAAUGAGAUCAUUAGACCAGCUUUGGUUGGUAAAAGUAUAAAAUAAUUUGAUAGGUAAGAAUGUGACCGAACAAACAAAAUUGGAUAAACUUAUUGUUGAAUAACUAGAUGGAAGCAAAAAUAAAUAUGGAUGGUCAAAGAGUAAAUUAGGAGCAAAUGCUAUAUUGGCAGUCUCAUUAAGUUUGGCUAGAGCAGGAGCAGCUGAAUAGAAUAUUCCACUCUAUUAUUAUUUGGCUUAAUUGGCAGGUAAGAGAACAGAUAAAUUUGUUACACCAGUGCCUUCACUUAAUGUCAUUAAUGGUGGAAAACAUGCUGGAAAUAAAUUAGCUAUGCAAGAAGUAUGAAAUAACAUAUAAUAAUUCUAAGUUUAUGAUCUUACCAACAGGUGCUAAAUCAUUCAAAGAAGCUAUUCAAAUUGGAUGUGAGGUUUAUCAUAGCUUAAAGGGUGUCAUCAAAUCUAAAUAUGGAUUGGAUGCUACUAAUGUUGGAGAUGAGGGAGGAUUUGCACCUUCAAUUUAAGAUCCAAAUGAAGCACUUCAAUUAUUAGAAGAUGCUAUCAAGAAAGCUGGACAUACUGGUAAAGUAGAUAUUGGUAUGGAUGUUGCUGCAUCUGAAUUUUUUGAAAAAAACACUUAUGAUUUAGAUUUCAAGAAUGCUAAAAAUGAUGGAUCUAAGAAAUUGACUGCAUAAUAAUUGACAGAAUUAUAUCUUAAAUUUGUAUCAUAACAUCCAAUUGUUUCUAUUGAAGAUCCAUUUGAUUAAGAUGAUUGGGAAGGAUAUACUUAAUUUACAGCUAAAAUAGGUUAAAAAGUUCAAAUUGUUGGUGAUGAUCUUUUGGUUACUAAUCCAAUUAGAGUUCAAGAAGCUAUUAAUAGAAAGGCAUGCAAUGCUCUCUUAUUAAAAGUUAAUUAAAUUGGAUCAUUGACUGAAUCAAUUGAAGCAUCAAAUCUUUCAUAAAAGAAUGGAUUUGGUGUUAUGGUUAGUCAUAGAUCAGGAGAAACUGAAGAUAAUUUUAUUGGUGACUUGGUAAUAUUAUAUUUUUAUCAUAGGUUGUUGGUUUGGGAACUGGAUAAAUUAAAACAGGUGCUCCAUGUAGAUCUGAAAGAACAGCUAAGUAUAACUAAAUCCUUAGAAUUGAAGAAGAAUUAGGAAGUAAAGCUGUUUAUGCUGGAAAGAAUUUCAGAAAUCCAUAAUUAUGAA